AAAUAUUUAUUUAUUUUUAAUUUUAUUUUUUUACUCAGGCAACUCAAACGAACGAACUUUACUGGGUCCAUCGCUGAUGACGUCAGAGGGACGGACGAUUUGGAAGAUGGAAACCUGUUUGUGUUUUUGAUGUGUCUACUUUUGUUGUCAACUCUCUAUCUCUAUUACGAGAUCCAAAUAAAUGUACAGUAAUUCAUACAAGAAAUGUGUGAAUGGCUCUAACUACGCGUACACCAAACUGAAAGCAGAUGACUGUGAUACAGCGGUGACACUGUUCCUGUAGUUUCACCAUGCCUCAGAAGCUGAUGAAGAGUGCCCACUACAUCGAGCUGGGGGGGAGAUACCAGUACUGGCCCGUGCUGGUCCCCAGAGGGAUAAGGCUGUACACAUACGAACAGAUCCCAGUGUUCCUGAGGGAUAACCCUUACAUCACAGAUGGCUACAGAGCCUACCUGCCCUCCAGGCUAUGCAUCAAAAGUCUGUUCAUCCUGUCCAAUGAGACCGUGAAUAUCUGGAGCCACCUGCUGGGCUUCCUGUUGUUCUUCACGCUAGGGAUCUACGACAUGGCGUCUGUGCUGCCUGCCACCAGGGCCUCCCGGGAGGACUAUGUCAUCUAUUCCAUAGGACUCUUCUGCUUCCAGCUCUGUAUGUUGUGCUCCGUGGGAUACCACCUGUUCUGCUGUCACCGAUCGGAGAAGACCAGUCGUCGCUGGAUGGCUCUGGACUACGCUGGCAUCUCCAUAGGCAUCCUGGGCUGCUACGUACCUGGGGUCUUCUACGCAUUCUACUGCAAUAACUACUGGCGUCAGGUGUACCUGGUGACGGUGCUAGCUAUGAUCCUGGCGGUGUUCUUUGCCCAGAUCCACCCCCACUACCUCAGCAAGCAGUGGCAGAGACUCCGCUCCGCUCUCUUCUGCAGCGUGGCCGGAUACGGCCUCAUCCCCACCGUACACUGGGUCUGGCUCAAUGGGGGCUUCUCUUCAGACCUCGUACAGUCUUUUAUUCCUCGUGUUCUGGGGAUGUACGCGAUCGCUGCCGUAGCCUUCGUCUUCUACGUCUCGAAGGUCCCCGAGCGCUACUUCCCAGGUCAGCUGAACUACCUGGGCUCCAGCCACCAGGUGUGGCAUGUUCUGGUCAUCGUGAUGUUCUACUGGUGGCACCAGGCUGCCCUCUUCAUCUUAACCCACCGCCACAGCCACCCCUGCCCAGACUACACGGUGCACACCUAGGACUGCCCAGAGUAAACUGCCCCCAGCGUGACUAGGACUGCCCAGAGUAAACUACCCCCAGCGUGACUAGGACUGCCCAUAGUAAACUGCCCCCAGCGUGACUAGGGCUACCCGGGCUACCCCAGCAUGACUAGGGCUACCCCCAGCGUGACUAGGACUGCCCAUAGUAAACUGUCCGCCCAGCGUGACUAGGACUGCCCAUAGUACACUGCCCCCAGCGUGACUAGGACUGCCCAGAGUAAACUACCCCAGCGUGACUAGGGCUACCCCCAGCGUGACUAGGACUGCCCAUAGUAAACUACGCCCAGCGUGACUAGGACUGCCCAUAGUACACUGCCCCCGUAGCGUGACUAGGACUGCCCAGAGUAAA